CUAAAAAGCAAAUCUGACAGAGCCAUCAUCGUUUUCUACAUUGUGAAGAGGCGCACUGCUCUCUGUAGAAGUUAAGAAGCCGAUGAUGUAAUACAUACUGAUGAAGUGAAACUACAUUCCCAGAAAUGCAAGGUUCAAAAGAAAAAAGAGCAAAUGAAUUCGAAGAUAAGAGGUGCUUAUCCUUGAACUCCCCUUCUCAUGCAUUUCAUGAUCGAAAUUACCCUUCUGCAAGAAUGCAUCAAACUAACAAUAGAAUGAAAGAGCCUGAACUUGAAGAUAACAGAUUCCAUUCAGUUAAAGAUAAAAGAUACCAAGUGGACAACAGAUCCCAGAUGCUUAUGUAUCCAGUGCAGCAUAACUCUGGGUUAAAUGUACAUGAAGAAGAAGUUGAAGAAGACACUACUUUUCACUCAUUGAGAGCUCCAGAGGUCAACAGACAGUUGAAACCACAAAAACUUUCUAUGCAAGUAAAAAAGUUAAACCUUGAAAGACUGGGGCCCUGGAAUGUUCACGUCACAGAAAACAUCUCCGAGACAAGUUUUAUUUCCAGUAAUCAAGAUCACAGUAAUAUGACAUCACAAGUUUGGAAAGAAAAAAAGAAAAUGAGCUUACCCAUACCUAAAGAUGACUUUAAUUUUAGUUAUUCUGAAGAGGACUCAACGAAUUGCACCUGGUACGUCAGAGAAUAUGAUCGUCUAAAAGCAGAGUGUGUGUUAUACCAGGACAACAAAGAUGGCACAUUCCUGGUGAGAGACAAUGGAAAUUGGACACACAAUGAACCACAUGUUUUAUCAGUUUAUUAUGGAGGUAAAGUCUAUAAUAUCAAAAUACGCUACUUGGAAGAGAGUCAGCAAUUCGCUCUUGGAACAGGUCUAAGAGGAAAUGAAAAAUUUUAUUCUGUGGAGGAAAUGAUUGACUUCUACAAGACUACCCCUAUAAAACUUAUCGACGGAAGAGGACACAGAGAUACCAGAGGCCAAUACUGUUAUUUGACACACCCACCCAGACUGAUCAGACAGAAAGCAUCUUUGUCUCUAUAGCAUAUUUUUUUUUCUUUUAUUAAUAUAUUUUUGAUUGUAAAAUAUAAUAAACAGAGCUUACCAUUUUG